AUGGCCGGGAAGCUGUGUUUUCCACAAGCUCCCCAAGUGUCCUUUGCGCAGCGGCAUCUGGAAACUGCUGGGUUAGAGCUGGUGGAGCUGGCGAUCACAGUAGGGCCCCACCCACCCCCUCACCACGUCUCCUGGCCCCUCUGCUUCUCAGGUAAGACCCGGACCAAGGACAAGUACCGUGUGGUCUACACCGACCACCAGCGCCUGGAGCUGGAAAAGGAGUUCCACUAUAGCCGUUACAUCACCAUCCGGCGGAAGUCAGAGCUGGCCGCCAAUCUGGGGCUCACUGAACGGCAGGUGAAGAUCUGGUUCCAAAACCGGCGGGCAAAGGAGCGCAAAGUGAACAAAAAGAAGCAGCAGCAGCAGCAGCAGCCCCCACCGCCAGCCCACGAAGUGGCCCCCACCGCAGCUGGGCCGUCCCUGGGGGGCCUGGGCCCCAGCUCUGCCAGCCUCUUGGGUGCCUCCUCCCCAAUGCCUGUUAAGGAGGAGUAUCUUCCAUAGCCCCCUGCCCCCACCCCGCGGGCUGGGGGCCUGGGGACUCCGACGCUGGGCAUGUGGCUCCCGUUAAGGCCUAGGAGGCUCGGUCUGAGUCCCAGCCCUGCCACUGACCUUCUAGGUAACCUUGGACAAGUUGCCCACCCAGCCCUUGCAUCCCCUUGGCCCAUCUGUGCAGUGAGCCUGUGGGAGAAGGACCUUUCCAGCUCCUGUGUUCUAGGCCUCAGGGGGGUAAAAGAACCCAGGGUAGGAGGUCUCAAUCCCCAGAGGGCUAGGUGAGGGGCAAUAAGUCCCUAGGUCCCACCUCCCCUUCCAUAGGUUCAAGGGUGGGAGGCCCCUGGAGGGAGUGCACUGACUCUGGAGAAAGGGGUCAGAGCUGAGAGAAGAUGGAAAGCUUGCAGCCCGGAACCGAGGGGGAGGGAUGCAGUCAGCUCACACCUGCCUCUUCCUGCAGCCUCCCCUCCGGCUGCCCCCCACCGCAAAUUGCCCUGACCCCUGUCCAGGCUGGAUGCAAAGCGCAAAGCCCACAAGACGGAACCAGAGCAAGAGGCUCUGAUGACCGACUCCUCUGGACCGCAGAGCCAUAUCCCCCCGCGAGCAUUCUCAGUGGGGCCUCCAGAUGGGGGGGAGCCA